UAAAUCCAGAUUAUGGACGAGGCAAAACGUGUGUGCGUUUAAGUUCGUGCAUGAGUGUGUGUGUGUGUGUUGUAUAUGUUUCUGUUGCUUGUUGCCAGUGUGUCCUUGGCUCCAUAGACAAGCAGCAGGUUAGCUAGAGAGCUACCACUGGAUUUGACAGCUAUAGGAAGCUGAAGCGAAGGGGAGCAGGAUCAUAUUCAUCAGCUCAAAAUUCCUCAUCGUCGUAAAGAGUAAAGAGUCCCAGAACUGAAGAUGGCUUUCUUGAUCAAGAGCAUGAUUGGGAACCCCCUGUCAGGAAUGGGUCUUGGUGGUGGAGGUGACAAAGAAGAGGAGGCCACCCCCUCAGAUCCAGCCAAAGCCGCAGGGAUGACCCGCGAGGAGUAUGAAGAGUACCAAAAACAGUUGGUGGAGGAAAAGAUGGAGAGAGAUGCAGAUUUCUUGCAUAAGAAGGCAGAGAGGGCAACACUGAGGGUGUGCCUCAGAGAAAAAUACAGACUCCCAAAGAGCGAGCAGGAUGAGAACAUGAUCGAGAUGGCCGGGGAUGACGUGGACGUGCCCGAGGAGCUGCUCAAGAUGGUGGAUGAGGACGCUACGGAGGAGGAAGGCAAAGACUCCCUCCUGGGUCAAAUUCAAAACUUGCAGAACAUGGACAUGGACCAGCUGAAGGAGAAGGCCUCGGCGACGGUCACCGAGCUGAAGACCAAAGCAGAAGAGAAGUGUUCCGUCAUGUGAGCGGCCAGAGAGGGCAUGUGGGUUCGCAAAGUCGGGAAGAAGAAGAAGAAGAGAGAAGAGAGGAAUGAAUAUCACCACUUCCUGGGAAAAAAAACACGUCUGGGAUUCAGUCAAAACGUAAAAAUGCCUGCAAAGUAUUCAUUUUUCUUCUAAGAACUAAAAAGGCAUUAUCUUCACCAGGGUGUUAUAUCUUUACCACAACCAGUCUGCAUCUAUUUAAGAAUAUACACUAAAGGUUUCCAUGUCAGCUGAUUACUCGGUGGGUAAUCGUUACCAACUUUCCAUAAAAACAAAAUAAUACUAUUUUAAAUCAUGUGCUGAGUGCCCUAUCCGCUCCCUCCCCCUCAUUACCGUUUAGACAAGAAAUCUAGAAAAGUACAUCUUCCUGAUCCACUGCCACGGAUGAUUUCUUUUCAUAAUUCCUCCAUAAAGCUACAGGCCCUGAUAUAUUUUGAAAUUUGUAUUUGUCAUAUAAUAUUGACUUUUUUCUCUGUUUAUCAAAAAAAUGUAAAUGUUUAAUCUCUAAAAUUGUUUUGCGGUUCAUGAAAUAACCAAGACUUAUUAAACCAAUCCUGUCUGCGUAUUUCCACUUUCCUUUUGGUUCCAUGGUGAUUCUAGAUUUUUUUUUCUUUUGUAUGUGGUGUUGAACUAAUGAAAUUUAGUCUUUUUUUCUGUCGGUGUUACUACAAAAGGUGAUCUACACAAGUUUUGACAUUAUAGUUGUAAUAAAACUGUUGUGUCUGACACAUUUGCGGAGACAUUUGCAGAUUUGCACAAACUGUAAUUUCAAAAUCAUUACAUUAAAAGCAAUGCUCAUAAACGCUUAAAACACACAUGGUGGCUACACUGAGAAAACUUUAAAUAAAGACAUA